AUGUAUUCUCUGUGUCUUUGCACGGAUUUGGCCCGAGGUCCAGCCAAUAGCCAUGUGGGGCGCUUGCUAGUGCCUUUGAGGAACUGCAAAUUUUUGACUGAGAUCAAAGCAGUGAACGCAGGUCUUUAUGGGGAGAUUCCCAAAGUGCAGAAUGGUGAGAUCCACCUGCAAAAUCUCACUUUCAAAUAUGCAGCUCCCCUGCAGUUGCUUGACCUCUCCAGCAACAACAUCACGGAGCUCUGGGGUGUGCCAGUCCUCCCGCGCAUCGGACGCCUCCAGUUGCGCCGGAACCAUGUGCUGAAGAUGAGGCCAGGCUUGCUGACGGAGGUGGUGAACUCCAACAUCAUCAUAGACCUCUCAGAGACCCAGUUGGCAAACAAAGAGGAAGCAGCCCAGCUCCUCGCAAGAGGCGCCCUCACAAGCACCGCCGAGCCUGCGCUGCGAGACGAAGACCUCGGGUUUGCUUGCAAAGACAUCAUCGGCGCAGUCCGCGUGACACCAAGCAAGUUUUUGCCGGAUGAGCUUUGUGAAUGCCUUCCCGGCUGGCAUGGACGCGGGGCGAGGUGCCAGAAGUGUCCGCCAAAUACGUACAAUGAAGAAAUGGGGCGAAGGGAAUGCUCCAAGUGCCCAGACAGCAGCGCUGCCCCUGAAGGUUCAGCCAAGGAAGCCGAUUGCCAGUGCGCUUUUGGCCAUUUGCACCACGGCAAGUGUGAGUGCGACCAGCACGAAGCCCUGCAGAAUGCCACCUGCACCGUUUGCAGCAAGCUUCAUCUGAAUUGCAGCGACAAGGGAAGCAUUGCGUCCACUGCAGUUCCUCAGUUGGGGUACGCACGUCUUGAGGCACUCGCAGAGGAGGCUCGCAAGUGCCUUCCACCCGCGGAGGGGGAGCGUUGCCCUGGCAGCCAGAGGUGUGGCGCUGGAUACACGGGCACCCUGUGCAGCAGCUGCAAUGAUCGCUUUUGGGCUAGAAGAGGCCGGUGUGAGCCCUGCGCAGAGACUAGCACGACGUGGAUUUGGUCGCUUGGGCUUCUGGGAGUCGCCACGUUGAUCCUCGGCGCCUUCCUCGUCUACCGGAAGAUGCACGAAGUGCAGGCCAAGAGUUUAGCGCUGAGGCUCAUUGCGUUGCAGGGCCCAGUCUUGCUGCAAACGGCACAGCUGUGGGGGGUUCUCAGCCGCCUGGGCCGAGCCCCUUCCACCCAAAGACAAGUGGAGAUUCCAUAUUUGGAAGGUCUGCAGCUCACGGCGACCCAGCUUCAGAACUCCUUGAACCUUCAGUGCAACUUCCACGCCGACACCAUCCGGACGCUGUCGGCUCUGACUUCCCCAUUGGUGCCAUUGGUGUUGCUUGCUUGCUGCGCAGCACUGGAGCCGUUCCAAGCUGGCCUGGGCGUCAGCUUGGCUGAACGUGUCAGUAUGGCGCUGAAGACCCUCACCUUUCUGUUCAUUGGCGGUGCAUCUGCCACUGCCCAGCUACUGAGCUGCCAGUCAACAGACGGAGAUGGCGAAAGCCUUGGCGACUUCGCAUUUCGCAAGUCUUUCCAAAAGCUUCGCUGCAACGACAGCAGUGGCCUGGGGGUCGAUGUGGUUGGCUACAGCGCUGCUGCGGCCUAUGGCAUUUUGAUUCCUCUCUUCCUGGUCCCUGGGCUUAGGGUUUAG